CGAAGGGGUAUUGACAUAUAGGUUUUAGCCAACUUCGUACAUUGUUCUCCAGAUGGACUUCCCUAGCGGUGCCUCUGGACAGACGGCCUCUUAUGGAUCUUCCACUCUGGAACAGUUGGUGCAACGUCCAUCUUUAAUAAUAAUCGAAGGUUUUCCCGCAAUAGCAGGGCAGAUAUAUAGCCAUUCCAAGAGGGGCCUCUUUGGUAAACUUUGAGGAUCGCAUGGAAAUACUUUAACUUUUGAGAAAAAACGGUUAAGGAAAAUCGAAUGUCGUGGCAGCCAACCGAGUUACUAGGCCACACAGGAAAGGAGAAUAAUAUUUAACAACGACCCCUGCAUUAUUAUUCUUAUUGAAAUAAACACAGCAACGCGCAGAAAAGACGGCAUUUCUGAUUACUUCGCAAAAAGGGGAACGAGCUCGGUUUUUACCAAUUGCUUGCGGGCAGAAGGGAGUAGUUACCGUACCUGUUUUUAUUUUUAAUUUUUUGUUUUUAUUUUGGUUUUAUUAUCUUUUUUCGAGGGGGCGGCGCGAUGGCGUUCUAUCCCACCCAACGGUCAACGAGAAACAAGAACCUUGGGAUUUUCGGUCGAAGGAACGCGCACCGCCUACAGCCAAUGAAGAGCCUGAAACCUUGGGCAAGCGAAUCCACUGGUGGCCGAAUCACACCGGGUUCUGUGACCAGACAGAGCUUAAUAUGACUGCCUGUGUACGCUAUAACUUAGUAGAGCCUAAUCAUAAUGAUAGUGGUCGGAGGCCCUGCAACAAAAACAAACCAGGCCAAGCAGCAUGCAUGUCGCGUUGACAGUGUUGGGAUUCCAAAGGCGGGCAGGGCAGGGACUGACUCGGAAGCAUGAGAAGAGGAGGAUGGUUUUGCUGUGAGAGGGUCCCUUUUUUUUUUUUUUUUUUUCCUUGUUUCCCCCUUAUUCCUCCAACAUCCGUAUUCUGUUGGAGGUAGGGUAGGGUAGAGAGCAGUCUGUAUAACUAUGGCAGUGGUCCUUGGGCUUUCGAUGCUCCCCGCGAACACGUUAUGUGUGAUGUGAGCCAGGGGAACCAGUCCGUUCCUUAUCCUGAACCUUAUUAAUAAUAAUCUGGCAUAUUUUAUCAAAGGGGCGUUGUCUGGUUGACGGGGAUUUUGGGCUGGGCGCGUGGUGUAAUAAUAACUGUAUCAGGAUGAUAGGAGGCAAUGGAAUUGAGACAUGUAUAUGAGCCAUAAUAGCGACGAUAUCUGAUAGAAAUAACUAAUAGUUGUUAAUGUCUCAAUCAUAGUGCAGGAUUACAGUUGCGGACAGAGUGAACGUAUUGUUUGUAGUGUACGGAGUAGUGUAGUAGUUGUAGUGCGGGUGGUGGUGUAACUACGGAGUAGUGUGGUGUAAAUAGUGUAGUUAGUGUGUUGUUGUGUUUACAUCGUUCGUUUUUAUUAAUAUUAUUGUCUUGUCCUGCCAAACACGAACAACACAAUCACCACCAACCGCCUCAUUCCAUCCAUCCAUCUAUCUAUCCAUAUCCAUCCAUCCAUCCAUUCAUUCAUUCAUUCAUUCAUUCAUACCCAUCCAUCCAUCCCAACCUCAUCUAUCUAGUUAAAUAUCUCCUUUUUUCGUCUCUUCUCUCCACAACAUCGAUCCCAACUAGGACUCCGACUCCUCCUCUGUUCAACUCCUAGACUCGCUCUCUUGCCCUGGGGUUGUCUGAGCUUCCUUACUACUUGUCCUCCGUAGAUUUCUCCCGAUUGCCCAGCUGUGUGUCUCCACUUUCUUUUUUACUCCUUACUUUGUUGUCUGCUUUCUUAAAUAUUCUCCUGCGACGUCGAGGUCCUGUUCGUCCCGCCUAUCGCUUACUUAGCACCUUCGCCAAUCCUUAUUAUUCCUUUCGAUAUAUUCCGUACCCACCGGCUAUAAUUGGAUUAUCUGCGAGACAUUCGUCUGUCUGUCUGGCCUUAAUCUUGAGUGUAACAUGAUACUUCAGUGACAACAUCCCGCUCUCAGUCCCUGACAUCUGGGAGGUUGAAGCUGCAGCAAAAUGUGACUAUCCUGCAUCCAACCAACCCCAAGGACAACCUUCUGAUGCUGUGUACCUCUCUCGUGGCUUGGAAUAACAUAUUCCUUUGUGUACCAGUGUAUCAGUCUUUGACUUACUGGACCUGUCAUGGAAGAUUCAUGAGAUGUACAUACAUAUAUUCUAGGACCUAAGUUUCCACCACAUCUGCAUCGCCCUGCACCCGUCCUGCCCCGAUCGAUUCUUCAGCGGCCGGACCUUGUUUCCCUCGCCAAACAUCCUUCAUUUUACCUUAGAGAACUCCGGAUAAGCACGCGCAUUCAUUCAAACCGUAACCAAAAACAUAACCGUACCCGAUAGAGACGCGUCUACCUCCAUGGAUAUACCACCAAGGAUCCAAGCAAUUUAGCACGCGAAAUUACCAAAUCGCAGUGGCCAUUCCUAGGUCGUUGGAUAUUGUGGUGAUUCACCGAUAUUUUUAUUUGACACCCUCCUACGUUCUUGUGUCACCUUUUCCUUCCAAGUGGCUACACGUUUGCGUUUUCUCGCGGUACUCUGAUCGGGCUACACAAAAAUCCCUUCAACAUGGCCUCGACACUCCCACAACCCUCACGCCCCUCGACAAAUCCUCCUACUACAGCGCUUCCUCCGUUGCCUGUUACAAGGUCAAAGAAAAGCAUGCUGGCCCAUUCAGAAACUUCCAAAGCUCCUUCGUCCACCUUAAAGCCCUCGAAACUUCGCACACCCUCUGCUUCACCACGCCCUUCUGCAUUGGCCAUGCCUCAACCGUCAAAUACUUUAUCCGGCGUCGCUGCUCCAGGAUCUCCUUCUGUCGGUCUCGCCCCAGGCAGUCCUGAUAAAACCCUGCGCCGUGCUGUCAGCAUUGCCGCUUUUCCCCAACCCCCUAAAGCGGGAAACCGCCCCUCUGUCAACUCAAGCACUUCUUCGCUCUCCCAACUUUCGACCAAAUCACGAUCCCCAGACCAAUCGAAACCACUCACCUCGUCGAGCAGUUUACGUCUCAAGAAGGCAAGAACUUCCACUAGUUCAGGGAAUACUUUCAAAGGACCUAAUUCCUCCAGAACACCCAGCCUGCUGAAUAGUAGUGGAGAUGGGAAGUCUAUUCCAAAUGCUCCAAAUGCUAGAAAUUCCGAGGGUCAUUUCAGUAUCCCCUCCCCACCACAGAGCAGGAGCUCAUCAGCCCAGGGAUCCUACUCGACCAGUGCCACCACCUAUGAUGAAGUCGACGAUAGCGGGCGAAGAGGCCGAGAGGAGUCCGAUGCCAUUUCUGGCAAUGGAAAACGCUCUUCUGAGGGAAAAGAGGCGAAAGGGAACGUCAUAGUAAGCGUCAGAGUUAGACCCGAUACGAGCGGCGGAGAAAACUCCAAAUCCGAUGGAGAAUGGAUGGUUGACGGCCGAAGAUCGCUUGUAUCUCACCGUGGAAAGGAAUCAGGAGAUUACUUUUAUGAUAAUGUAUUUACAGCUCAUGAUAACAAUGCUAGAGUAUACGAUUCAUGUGCGAAACGACUUGUUCGUCGGGUUAUGGAAGGUUAUCACGGUACAGUUUUCGCGUACGGAAUGACUGGGACUGGAAAGACAUUUUCGAUGCAGGGCACUGCUACAUCUCCGGGAGUUAUCCCCUUGGCCAUUACAGACAUAUUUUCUUACAUUAGGGAAACACCGCAUCGCGAGUUUUUACUUCGUGUAAGCUAUCUAGAAAUUUACAAUGAGAAAAUCCACGACUUGCUGUCGCCGCCUCCUUCCGGAACCGGCCCUGGAGCUCCGCAACAGGAAGAAAUCAAACUAAGAGAAGACAGCAAACGAGGUGUAUACGCCUCGCCUCUCAAGGAAGAAAUUGUGCAAAGUCCAACUCAAUUAUUACGAGUUAUUGCAAGAGGUGACCACGCCCGAAGGACUGGAAGUACGCAAUUUAACGCCCGUAGCUCCCGGAGUCAUGCCGUUGUGCAAAUUGUAGUGGAAAGUCGAGAACGAGUUCCUGCAGGGAAUUCUUCACAGGAGAAGCGCACGGCAAUGGCCCCGGGUGGAGUGCGUGUCUCAACCUUGAGUCUGAUUGAUCUUGCUGGAUCCGAACGCGCGGCAGAGAAUAAGGAACGGAGAACAGAAGGCGCUCACAUCAACAAGAGUUUGCUUACUCUCGGCACUGUCAUUGCCAGGCUAUCAGGGGAUAAGGAUAAGAAUGGCCAGCCCACCGAUCGAGACGGGAAACAUUUACCGUAUCGCGACAGCAAAUUAACACGAUUGCUGCAACCUGCUCUGUCAGGCAAUUCUCUUGUCAGCAUUCUUUGCACCCUCCAGAUCGGAUCUGGUGCGAGUGCCGCUUCCGCCCAAUCUCACACGGGAGAAACAUUGAAUACCCUGAAAUUCGCGGCUAGAGCGAAGAACAACAUUGUCAGUCAUGCCAAAAGAGCUGAAGAAGCGCUAGGGAGCACUGGGGGGGAUGCCGGUAGUCGAGUUCUCUUAGAGCGUUACCGCAUGGAAAUCCAAUCGCUCAGAUCCCAACUUGAAGGCCAAGCGAGGGUUCAAAACGAGAAAGAGGAGAUGUGGGAACAAAAGAUGCUCGAGAAGGAGGCAGAGAACCGUCAUGAAGAACAAAUGCUAGAAAUGCAGCUCGCUCGGACAGCCCUCAAGGAGCGUAUCGAGCAUUUGAACCGUCUAAUCUUAUGCUCCAAGUCCACUGGUGUGAAUUCCAAUGGGAAUAUAUCUACGUUCACAAGGAUUUCGGGACUUUCAGCAAGCGGAAUCGAGUCUAGUAUUAGGUCUAUUCGGUCCUCAGCAUCUCAGUCUACUUUGGGCGCAAAUGGUUCUGCUCUAAAUAGAUCUGGUUCGAUGCUUUCAAUGCGAAGCCAAGGCGCAUUGCCUUCAACUCAGGCAUCAAACUCUCACUUUAUCAAUAAUGAAUACGAGGAUGACACGAUGGGUGAGUUUGCCGAUGGAAUGGCAAGCCUUCAGAUGCAAGUCAAUGCCCUUCAAGCAGACCUCACCGAUAAAAACCGAUAUAUCUCAACCCUCGAACGGCGACUGCUACAAGCUCGCCGCUCAAGCCACUCUCGCAUGUCAAUGGGAUUUUCUCAUCUCAAAGGCGCUGCGGCAUCUAUAGAUGACCCGGAGGUGAUGGCCAUACUUCGCGAGAAGGACAUGGAAAUAUCAGAAUUGCGUAUCCAGCUAGAUGACAAAGACAGGAUGGUUGCAGCGUUGCGUUCAGCCGCCCGCCAACGUGAUUUUGCUCAAUUGACGCCAGACUCAAUACCCCAGGAAAUAAAGCAAAAAUCUGGCCACCAGAGUGUUGAAAGCAACAGCAGCUCAACAAAGAGUGGCGGUGCUGCUACGGAGGCGAUUAGCCCGGUUGCCCUCCUGUCUCCAGCGAAGAUGGGUAUGACGGAGAGGGAAAAGGGAAAAGCGAGGGACAAGGAAACUGAAGAAAGGGAGAGGAGGGAGAAGGAGAAGGAGAAGAAACGACGAAGCGUUGAUGAGAUGUCGCGAAUGCUUGAUGAGAUGAUCCAGGAUAGGGUGGAAAGCGGCCACUUGGUCAAAGGCACUAGAGGUAGCGUGCGUGUUGCCAAUGGCGGCGGCAGGCGGCAGUCAUCCUCUGGAUCGAAUACUGUACCUGGGAUGGGCGCGAUGGUCACCGCACUUCGCGGUUCGGUCCCAGAUAUCCAAUCCGCGUGAUUAUUUUUUUCCCUUCUCUCCUCUUCCUUCCCCCUUUUGGAAUUGACAAUCUCGACGUCAGUGAUGAGAUUGCCAUAUUAUUCGUCCUUUUUUUUUUUGGCUUCUUCCACCUUGUCUCUUUCCCUCGGGCACCCUUCUCCUGACCGCGUUCUAUGGUUUACUCUUUUCUUUCUGUUGGUAGUCCCACCGCCAAUUUUGCUCCACACAUUUUAACUACCUCCCCCGCCUUUACGCUUCCUUGUAUAGUAACUUCUAUUUCUUUCCUGAUACCCAUUAUCUUGACACUGUAUUUGUUUUGGUACGCUUCUUCCAAUUCCCAUUUUCGCUUCCCUCUUCCUUCGCGUCAACAAUGUCCUCUAUAAGGACUGGUUUGGCGGUAUAUUUUGCUUUUGGUUUGUUCUAUCAGCAUGUUUUUUCUGACAGGCCAGAUUUCACUACGACUUCGCGUAUUUCAUCAUUCUCGUGCCUGCCAUGGUUUUUCUUUACUCCCUUUCUUUUCUUACUCCUUUGCUUCUUUUCUUGCUCCUUUUCUCUACUUUACCUGAACCCGAUGUAUCUCUGUCUAUAUAGCUGACUACCUUCCUUACCUAUCUUAAAUAAUGCUGAAACGGGAAAUGAAAGAUAAGAUUGCGGCGAGAUGUUUGCUUUUACCAUCUGACUUUAUUUUGGCUAUUUUUCCUAUAUUUGCUCUAUGGUCGUUACUUAUUUAUUGUUAUUUUACUUCUUCCUACGUUAAUUGUCAGCUGGCUUGUACCCUACAGUCGUGGGAUAGAGAGAGGGAUAGUAGCUUGUCGACUUCUCUAUGCUAUCGAUAUUUUACCUUUCUUCCUGUCUUUGUUGACAAUGUACUAUAUUAGGUCAUGGUGCUAGACAUUGUUCAUACAGUUUAGAUGAUAGAUCCAGCCAUGGUUGAAUGAAGAAUUUUCCCUGCUCUUCUCCGGUA